AUGGCCGCUCUUUUACGGCUGGCGCGGGCGGUGGGUCCAUAUAUCGCUGUGCUGCAGGUGCACGCUGAUAUCAUCGACGACUGGUCCCAGGACGCCGCCCGGAGGCUCUCAUGUGUGGCCAAGAAACAUGGAUUUUUAAUUUGGGAAGGCGGCCGCAUUUUGAAUGUUCAGAAGCGCUCGGGGAAACAUCAGGGUAUGUCCAGCGAGCAGAUCAAUCGGGACAUUGAUUUGGCGCGGAAGCGCUAUACGAAGGGUGUUGUCAGCGUCGCGGCGUGGGCGGGAAUGGUGAGCACUUGGGUGAUAGGACCAGCGGAGCAGGGGAAGGGCGUUGACCGUCUCGUUCCAACCCUUCGAAGGGCCGCGCGAGAAGUGGUUGCGGUUCUGAAAAAGUCUGUCCGUACGGAAAUCAGUGGUGGGAACGAGCAGCGAGACAUAUCUGACAGCAACGGUGAUGGCGAUGGCGACGAAGAGAUCAACACCAGUUCUGUUGAUGAUGAAGAUGACGAAUGUCUUCGCAAUGGCGAUAGGCUUGGAGAUAACCUCGACAGCAUAUUCCCUGCCCCGCGGAAAGGGUCAGUUAUCUCCCUCACUUGCACGAUCACCCAACACACAGAGCUUUCCACUGCUCUGCCAUCCGUUGGAGGGGGAGACCCCUGUUCUGACGACGACGAGCAUCCGAAUGACGGAAACCCUCCUGCUUCACUUCCGCCAUAUCCUCCUCCGCCACUCCAUGCGCGCGGCCUCGUACUUUGUCUUCCAGCGACAGACGAUCCUGCGUUUUGCCACGAGUAUAGACGAGCCAGUCUCGCAACCGCCGACGCCCACAGCGACUUCAUCGUGGGGUUCGUCAGCAACGAGCCCUGGAUCGAAGCGUCUCAGACCGGCACCAUCAUCGGCUCUCAAUCCAACUCCCAUGACGCAGAGAGUGAGGACGAGGACGACAAGAACGGAAAAGGCUCGGCACAACCGCCGUACGUACUUUUUGCACCCCUCGAAAGCGACCAUAUCUUAUUCCCCGGGUCGGAGAGCAUAACUCCCCCCGCAAUGGACGCGGUUACGGAAGCUCAUGUGGACAGUGUCCAGGUAUACCUGAACGUUGACGACGAGGCUGCAGGGGAGCCAUCGCCGCCAUCGUCUAACUUUCCUUCAUCUCUGCGCCAAGCAUCCACUUCUGAGACGCAACAUCGCCAAAUCAACACUCUGCACCAGCUUAUCGGCCGGGCCAUCUCUGUCAGGAACGCGAAGGCCAGCGUGCACCAGGAUUCUUGGGACCGUGAUUCCGAGCCUCUGUGUAUCCCGAUUAUCUCGAUGAACGCUUGA